CAAUCCCGCGCUCCCUGGGAGGAAGAGGAGGAGCCAGAGCCCACGGGCCCCCUGCACCGCUCACUCUCGCGCGGUGCCAGCCCCGCAGUCUCCCCUUGGUCCAGCGCUGCGGCCCGCCGUGGACUUCCCCGGUGCAGACAUGGCCUCGGGCUCCGCCUGCACGGCAGUGAAGAUUGGAAUAAUUGGUGGAACAGGCUUGGAUGACCCUGAAAUUUUAGAAGGAAGAACAGAAAAAUAUGUGGAUACUCCAUUUGGCAAGCCAUCUGAUGCCUUAAUUUUGGGGAAGAUAAAGAACGUCGACUGUGUGCUUCUUGCCAGACACGGCAGACAUCACACCAUCAUGCCUUCAAAAGUCAACUACCAGGCGAACAUCUGGGCCUUGAAGGAAGAGGGCUGUACACAUGUCAUUGUGACCACAGCUUGCGGGUCCUUGAGAGAGGAGAUCCAGCCUGGUGACAUGGUCAUCAUCGAUCAGUUCAUUGACAGGACAUCCCUGAGGUCUCAGACCUUCUAUGAUGGAAGCCAUUGCAGUGCCAGAGGAGUGUGCCAUAUCCCAAUGGCUGAACCAUUUUGCCCCAAAACAAGAGAGGUCCUCAUAGAAAUGGCUAAGAAGCUUGGACUCCGGUGCCAUUCAAAGGGGACGAUAGUCACAAUUGAGGGGCCUCGGUUUAGCUCCCGGGCAGAAAGCUUUAUAUUCCGUACUUGGGGCGCAGAUGUUAUCAAUAUGACCACUGUUCCAGAGGUGGUGCUUGCUAAGGAGGCCGGAUUGUGCUACGCAAGCAUUGCCAUGGCAACCGAUUAUGAUUGCUGGAAGGAGCAUGAAGAAGCAGUGUCAGUGGAUGGGGUUUUAAAGACCAUGAAAGAAAAUGCCAAUAAAGCCAAAAGUUUACUCCUAACUACUAUACCUCAGAUAGGGUCGAUGGAAUGGUCAGAAACGCUCCGUAACCUAAAGAACAUGGCCCAGUCUUCUGUUUUACCACCAAGACAUUAAAACAGCAUGGCUGACACAAGAAGACUUUCUACUUCUAUUCUUUGGGGGAUUUGCUUAAACAAAAAUGGGAAAGAUGUGCAGCCUUCAUGCCUUUGCCUGGAAAGAAAGAGAGCUACUGCUGGAGACUCAGCCAAGACCCCGACUCCUCCAGGACCCAGAAAGAAAGCAGACAGCCUGCCGAAGUGUAAGGGAACAAAGUCCGAGAGCACAUCCGUCUCCUUCCUCCCUAUGAAACUGACAGCAAGGAAGACUGGUGAGAACAUCCUCUUCCCUACACUGCUAAGGAACCAAUACGAGCUCGAGAUGGGACUGUAUGGUUGUAAACUGGCGCCAUGUUUCUGGUACCUAGGUAUUCUAGGAGUUUCUCUUGAAGUUAUGGGAGAUUCAUUCAAAGAAUCAUGUGUAAAGGAGAUUACCUGUCAUAGUAAAAUAAUCAAAACUACCUGAAUAUCAAAAAGAUUAGGCGUGCUGUGUUUCUGUUAUACUUAGGCUGUGGAGCAAUCAAAUGGGAAUCAUGUUUUCUUACAAAGAAAGGAUCAGUCUUUCUCUACUUUUUUUUUUUUUAAAGUAUAAUCAAAUAGUAAAGUUGUAAAAGUUUAAACGGACUUAGAGAACUUUGAAACUCUUUUGAUGGUGAAACAAAGACAACCAUGUUAUAAAUGCACUGUGUAUGUGGUUCAAGAUAUACAAGCCAAAUAACCUUCCCCAAAAUAAAGAAAUAAAAAGAAGUGCUGUGUGAGGAGCUUAUAUCUUUGCUUAAGAAAGAUUCUGAGUCACCACCCAGGUACAACGAUUGUAACUGAGAUAGCCAAGGCUGGUGUUUAAUGCUAAAAUGUACAGAAAGUCAGACUGCUUCAAGGAUUAAGCUAGUGUGACGCAUUACAGGGUACCGGGUAUUUUUUUUAAAUUACUACUUGUUUCUACUCCUUUCUUUACAGUUGACACAUAAUCAGUUGGCAGUGUUUGUGUUUUCAAAUUACGGUUUUUACAGGUGCCCUGCAGCUCUUGUAAAGAGUCUGUAAAGUCAGUGUGCUUGUGUCUGAAAUUGACUUCAUGACAAUAAGCUGUUGGUUGUAAGCAUAAAUGAACUAUUUGCUCCAGUAUUAAUGUUGAGGCCCUGGAUAAGUGCAAUUGUAACUUCCGGCCCAUGUUACAAUGCUUCUGGCGCUGGCUGUUAGCAGUCCAUGGAGACUCCAUGAGUCCUGACCAAGGCUUUUGGUUGGUUUUAUUCACUGCACUGCAAGCAGUUCUUUCCUUUACCCUUGGUAGUCACCGUGUAACAGGCAUCGGUUUUGUUGCCUUUAGAAAAUGCUGCUUUCUUCAACAUGGAGAAUGACUUUCUUCGGUGGCCUUUCUAGCAUCGUUAUGUGCAAGCUUCUUUUUCCUUAAUCCUUCAUUAAGAUGAAAUAUGCAUAUGAUAACUGACUCUGGUACAACAUGACACUGUCCGUUCCAUCCAUUUUCCACUCUUCUGACAAAUGAGAUCUCAUCUCAUGUCCCUUCCACAUGCCUUAUUCAUUCAUUUGCUGAUAGACAGGUAGACUGAUUCCAUCGUGUAGUUGUUCUGAGUAGUGUUCCAAUAAACACGAGUUUGCAGACUUCUCAGAUGACCAGAUUGUACUUUUGCGUUUGUGUUGGGUCUUGGCUGUUGUUAGUAUAGAAACUCUACUUUGAGAAUUAUUAUCUAAACCAUUUGUCUGGUUGUUCUUUAGAUAGAUUCCAGACCUCAGACCUAGUCAAAGGCAUCACUUGGUCCAUGGUACUUUUUUUUUUUUUUACAACUUUGUAUUGGUUCUAAUUGAUUGAAUUUCACAUCAUGCACACCAAUCCACUCAUUCCCCACCUCCCCUCAUGCCCACCUUCCACCCUUGCAACCUCCCCUGCCAACAGAAAAAAAAAAAUCUCGUUGUAGAAGAUGUAAUAUGCUGCAUCCCACAGUCCCACAAUAUACUCUUUUGUUUAUGUUUCUUGGCUUGCAAAUGUUCAUUGCAUUGAGUUCUUGGUCUGGUACAAGGCUGCUACACUACCAAUACUGGAACUUCGCCGGGACUCUUCAUAUAUCCUGUUGUUGUCUUGUGCAAUGGAGAUCCUGUAGUUUUGGAUCUGUACGACCAACCCCUUCACUCUAGCAGUUCAUCUAUGGGGUACAUGUUGAAGUGUACCAAUUCAAAGCCAUGGAUCUGAGCCUGAGAGGUCUGAGCUGGUCAGCCCACCAGCCCUCCCACACUACCGGGAUAAGUUCUUCCCUGUGCCAGCUGACCCAUCCAAUGCUCCAGCAAAAGGCUGGUCAUCUUUGGCUAGCUCCCUGAGUCAUCUUGGGCUCUCUCCAGCCUGGGGCUAGUGGUCGAAGGCAGGGUUCUUCUAGUCUCCAGCUUGUUCCCUACCCUGGGAGCCUGUCAAGGCCUGCACAGUACCAGACUAGUGGUCAUCUCUGGCUAGCUCCCUUAGCUCCCUGUCCAGGGGACCUACUGGCACUGGAUUGGUGGUGGACUCAGGUUUGUUUUUUUUUUUCAGGAGAGGUUAGAUUACUAAUCAUUCAGAUGUUCAUAAGUCAGAACACUGAGCAAAGCAAUAGCUUCUCCUCCACCUACUGACUCACACGUGCACAACAGCCACACCCGCAAUGCCUCUAGGAGCAGGUCCAGUGUACUUUUGUUUUAACUGUUUUUGGCUCUUUAUUAAUCAGCACAUAAAUAUGCUUUGUUUCUCCUUUUCAAUAUGUAUGUGUGGUGCUGAGUAUCAAACUCAAAGCCUUGUGCAUGCCAUGCUAACACUGUACCAUGGAGCUAGACUUGCUUGGCUUCUAUUAAAAUUCUUUAUUGUGUAGUCUCUUUGACUUGCUUUAGAAUAAAAUCCUUUCUUAGUUUUUCUUUUUUUUUCCUGCCUUAGUGUAUAUAAAAUACCUUUGUUGCUGUGAGAAAGUACCUUGACAAAAGCAACAAAAGGAAAUAUGAGUUUAUUUUGCUUCACAGUUCAAGAGUGCAGGCAGAGGCAGCUGCUCACAUUGCAUACAUUGCAUCUACAAUGAAGAAGUGGACAAUGAUGAAUGCUUGUGCUCAGCUCACAUUAUCAUUUUUAUACAGUCCAGGGUCCCAGCAUAGGGAAUGGUGCCACCCAUAUUGGGUCCACUCAAGUUGGGUCUUCCCACUUUAGAAAACCUAUUCAACAUAAUCCUUAACAGGCAUGCCCAGAGUUCAUGUCCUGGGUGACUCUAGAGCUUAUCCAGAGUUGACAACUGACAUUAAGCAUAUCAUUCUCCAUUCUCUUGCUCAGCUUGACACCUCCAGUACCCCCUUCUUUCCCUUGAUCUAAUCCACUCACUAUCUGACAGCCCGUUCUCUGUACUUGCCAAGCACUUUAUUCUAUUGUUACACUGUUGCAAUCGCCCAUUUCAUUUUUCAUUGGCAUGUGGUUGUACCCCCAGGUUCUUUACAUAGUAACUAACACAGAAGAACUGUCUGUACUUCCUAAAUAAGUUGGCAAGUCUGUGAGACUUCAGCCUAUUCAUAUUUCAGCCAUCUUUCCAUUUCCAGCUGGAAUCACUGGUACCGUAGAACCUUGUUAGUCAAGCCCAAAGUAAAUAGUCCACUCUGGGUAUGUUCAGGCCACCUAGAGUCUGUUACCAAGGACCAUUUGUCAUAAUGUACAACAUAAAGCAGCCUCCCAACUAGCUAGUAAACUAGAAAAAUGAAAAAUCUAGAAAAGAAAAUGGCUUAUGUGUUAGUUAUUUAAUAAAAAUCCAGUGAGUUAUUUAAUGUAUUGCCUGAUUUAAAUUUUAUGCCUAGUAAUAUUUUUUCUGCAAUAAAUUCUUCUUUGUCUUUAAA